AUGAUGGUCAGCCCAACAGCCUCGCCGGGUGUGACUGGCGUGGCCAACGAGAACAAUCUGGACCAGUCGACGCAGGAACAACUGCGCAUGAUCUGGGAGGAUCGCAUGCAGCAUCCGAGCAGAGGUAUACCCCAUGAACAAACAUCAGUACUUCUGAUGUCGUGGCAUCCUAACAUUGAUGACCUGGAAGUUACCAGAGAGGUCGACAAGCUCGAGACCACCUUUCGCAAGGACUACGGCUUCGAAGUUGAACGCACGAUACUCCCGGCUGGGAAGCCGCAGCAGAAGAUGUUAUCCAACCUGGCCUCGUUUGUGGAGAAGCAUGACAAGAAGCGCUCGCUCUUGAUCAUAUACUACGCGGGCCAUGGCAACGGAGGCGUAGGUGUGAAGGAUGGCGAUCUUGUCCUGGAUGGACGCCUACGGCCGGGCGACCCAGAAAGCAGCAGAGAGAGCAUCGUGUGGUCAGAAGUAGAGUCGGCAAUUCGUGGUGUGACAGAUGCAGAUGUACUGCUGGUCUUCGAUUGCUAUCACGCUGGCCGAUUGUGCCGUCCUCUUGUCCGUUCAGCUACUCCCUCAAGUCACUACGACAUUCUUGGCGCCUGCUCCGACAAUCAGGUCACACCAAAGGGCGGCGACACCUCUUUCACCUCCUCACUAAUCUGGGCACUGGAAGAACUUUCCAAGCUCAAAAGGUCUUUCACGAUCUCUCAACUACGUGGCAAGAUCAUGCAGGGCCCAAAUUUCCCAAAGGAUCAGAUACCAGCCCUGUCGCCACGAGAGGAUCGAGACACAUAUGGCGAGGUCUACCUGUCACCUAUCGGAGCACAACGAGCAACGGGCAAUAUCACCCCAGUUGAAGGGGAUCGAGGGAAAACUUCAGACCGAGCAUAUCUUGACCUGCGCCUUUACUUUGAUAGAGAUGCCGACAAGGAGCACAUAGGCAGAACCGCUGACGCCUUCAAGAUCUUCCGAGAGGAUCCGAAGCAGGAUCAUUUGGGGCUCAAGAGAGUCGAGCUUCUGGGGAGGUAUACCACCAAGGAGCAGCUCAUCAUUCGUUUCAUGGACACGCUCCUGGAUCGGGUGGAUCGUAAGAAGUUGUCUGUCGUGAAGCAAGCCACCGCAGAGGCUGUGUCCUCGGUCCUUGGGUCCGAGCAUGACCUGGGAACAGUAGAGGAUCCCCCGCAUACCAACGAUCAGACUGCUAGAGUGGCUCAACUGGUGCUAGGCGACCAACUGCCACGAGACGAAGGCAAUCGUCACCUGGCUCCCCCGUCCACAAGCAGGCCAGUCAGCUCCAUCGAUGGACAGCACCCAGAAAGCGCCACAACCCUUCAAGAUGAGGACACCUCUCGGAUCCUACCAGAUACGGCUGAACAAACACGACCUUCCCACCUCAAGGCUAUGGGUCGUGAAGUCCGCAAAAUGGCGAUGAAGCUGUCGUGUUGGCAUGGGACUGAAGAGAUCGCACAGUCAGCAAGAGCCCACGAAGUAGAUUCAGACCGUCAACACCACCCAGUGUUGAAGGUCGAACGACCACAACCUUCAGAAGCCUCAUCGCUGCACGGCAAGGAAUGA